GGCUACAAUACAAGUCGGGCCUGUCCAGCUACUCGUAUACACAUUGUUUACGCUCUUGAAAUAUAACGAUAAAUAUUUCCGUGAUACCUGAGUCGAUCGUCAGAAAUGGCGAGUGAAAAAUGGAUCGAAGAAGAGGAGAUACUGCAGAGAAAGAUGAGUGAAUUAAAGGUACAAUACCAACGGUGUACGACAUUGACAAUUACUGUUGUGCGAGGGAGAAAAAUAUCUGCUGGAUGGCUUCAUGAUCUUUUUGACACUCCUGACGCCCAAGUAUAUCUUACAUGUGAGACUGCAAUUGGCCGAAAAUCAUUCAAAACUAAAAUAGCGAAAAACACACGGAACCCAGAGUGGAACGAAACAUUUACUUUCAUUUUGUCUGAAGAUUAUGCCAAUUCAAAAGUAAAGGUCGAUGUAUACGAAGAAGAUAAAUUCAAGCAUGACCCUCACCUGGGAGAUGAAGUAUUUAAAGUAGAAGAACUUGAACUUGGGAAAUCAACAUUAAAAACGAUUGAUCUUGGAAAAAAUGGACAAGUUGAUAUUGAGUUACUCAAGCAAUACAGAACUUCUCCUGAUUUCCGACUAUCUCUUGGUUUAUCUGACGGAGAAAGAAAAUUUCGGAUGAAAAGGAAACAAAAAACUAUGGAAGCACUGCAGAAAUUUUUAGGAGAGGAAGGCCCAGAAUCAUUAUCGGAAUCACCAACAAUCGCUUUGGCGAUCACCGGAGGUGGUUAUCGCGCUGUAGCUACAUCUUGUGGCGCGAUGGAAGCAUUGGCAGAAAAUGGCCUUGUUGAUUCUCUUAUGUACGUUGCUGGUCUAUCCGGAUCUUCAUGGUACAUUGCAACCACAUACCUUCACAAAGCUAUGGCAAAUCGCCAAUCUCUGAUCGAACAUCACGACUGGCUGAGAAAGCAGAUGGAAAGAAGUCUAGCAAACUGUUUGUUCGACCUCUCCUUUUACAAGCGAUAUAUGGAAUACAGAGAUUUAAAAAAAGAACAUAAUCAACCAACAACCUUCGUUGACUUCUACGGUCUAGCACUUGGAGAAACUUUCCUUGGAUGUGAGAACACAAAAGUGACUCUUUCAUCGUUGAGAAGUUAUGUCGAUUCUGCAUCUGUUCCUUUCCCAAUACUCACGUGUGCUCAUGUCCGAGAAUAUCUUCCGAUGUCCGAAUUCUGGGAUGAAGUAGAAAUGACGCCAUAUGAGGUCUCACUUCCCAGUUACGGGAUCAACAUUCCUACAGAACAGUUCAACUCAAGUUGGGGAAACGGGAUUUUACAGAAAGAAUUACCUGAACCUCCGCUGCAUUAUUUAAUGGGGGCUAGUGGAAGUGCAUUUGCAAUAUUGCUGAGUAAAGUUGAUGAUAAAUCUGAAACAAGUGAAGUCUUGCAAACUUACGUUGACUCAGUCGAAGAAACCCAUCAUAAGAAAAAGGAUGGAGCGGAUAAAGUGGCACAAUCGGACUCAAGUUCAGAAGACGACGAGGCAGAAGAAACCCAGAAUAGUGUAUCACGUGGAAAAGAAACAAAGAAUUUUUCAUCGCCCGACGAUGACUGGAUUGAACAAGUGAAAUUAAAAGCCGAAGCUCGAGCAAAUGGAGAGAAAGAACAAGAACAAGAUACAAUUGGCCGAGCAUUUUUAUUGGAACGAACAGCUAAAGUAAAGAAUUGUGCAACCAGCUACAUGGGACUUGAAAAAUUUCGUUUCAACACAGACCCAGUUUCACAGGAAACAGAAGCCUCAGUAAGAAUACGCAGAAAAAUUUCGACAAAGAAGAGAAAUAUAAUGUUAUGCGAUUCAGCAUUGGGUUGUAAUUUACCUUCGGUUCAUGUUGUUCGACCACAAAGAGAAGUUGAUGUGUUAAUUGUAGUUGAUUGCAGUAAUUAUUCCAGUGAAAAAUCGCUCAUAUUGGAACUUUUCGCAACGGUGCAGAGUCAAAUCUACGACCACGGAAUAAAAUUUCCGCGAAUAAGUAUCGAAAAAAUAGCUGAAGAUCCAUUCAGAGAAUUUUACCUUUUUGAAGACACGGAAGACCCUGAUUGUCCUAUGGUGUUAUGGUUUACAAUGGCUGAUAAAAAGUUUAAAGAACAAAAAAAUCCGCACAGAAGAACCGGAUAUCCGACACCUGACGAUGUUGAUUCUGGAAAAGUGAAAUUCACCGAUUUCUCCAUAUUUCCGGAAAGUUCAGAUUUCGGAACAUUACGACUUUCAUUUAGUCCUUUGAAUUUUGAUCGACUGAGAGAAUUGAUGAGAUUUAACAUCGUCAACAACAUGGAUAUUGUGAGAGAAAAAAUUGGAAGCAAAGUGAAACAGAUGAAAGAACGUAAAGAACAAAGAUCUGGUCUUGGAUCAUCCUCAAAACGUGCAAAACAGUAGACAACUUGGCCAGAGAUAUAACAUCCCUAUAUUAGGCAGGUGUACAGUUUCAAGAGCAUCGUACAUUUAUGUACAUUGUACAAAAUUUGUUACUUUUUCCAUAAACGCUUCAUGAUUGUUUGCAUGUGCAGCAUCAAAGCUGUUUUUGAACCAUAGUUGCAAAAAAACCAUUUGUUUCGUCAACGAUACCAAUUCCUAAAACGAUCCAAAAGUACGCUUCAUGUCGAAAAACGAAUGUUUUCCUGACCUUUGAACCUCAAAAUUUCAUUCCUAACUUUACCUUUGCAAAAUAGGUGACACUUAUUUUGAGAAUGUUUUUUCGUGUUAGAAGUUAGAGCGUAUAAACUGGUUUACAUGUUUAAACCAUCAUUCAGAUUUCAUAUGAUUUAACCACUUUCCAUUCAAAAGUACUGAUAGCUAAUUUUAGAGUAGUCUAUCGCAGUUUUGGGGGAGACUAAUAUUUGAUUACUGCAACUGAAUUGAAACUUCAUAAAGACAAAAUGGCAAUUUGGUUUAUAAAUUUCGACAACACAAUUGAAAACUUACAAAUAGCACACAAGAGCGCUUUUGUUUACAAGCAUGCCUGAAAAUCUGUCCGAGUGAGGAAAAUAUCUGAUCGGCUGCUAAAUUUUCAAUUAUUACCUCAAUAUUGUCAUCUUGCUGAUAAAAGAACGUUAUAGCUUGGUCUGGGUUUCAAUGUUGACUGGGCUCACGAUGACAGCACCAUCUCCGUGUUCAAAUAUUUAAUCAUUGGUUUGUAUUCACCUUUUCACGUUUCUUUUUGAUCAUUUUUGAAAAAGCCUUUUCUGGAUGUUUUUAGCUGGUUCGAUGUAAUAAAAACAUGAUCAUGCAACAUAACAGAGACAUAGAUUCUUGUUUUGAAUGUUAUUAUUAGCAUUUCAUACCUGAUGUAUUAUAAAUAUAUGCAUCAAAGUCAAAUCCAUUUACCUAUUAUUACUAAUACUACAUUAUAUUUACAAAUUGGAAUACGUUGCCAAUAUAGUUAUAUAUAUUAUCAAAUUGUAACAUUUAUUCUUAUCAUUUAUUUUUCAUGUCAUGUUUUUUUUUUGGCAUAACGUGUGAUAUCAUAAAAAAUCUUAUAGUAGUCUAACAUUCGGUUUAAAAUCCCUCGUCUGCAGAAAUUUGACCUAAAUACUAUGAAUAUAUGUAUGUAGGAGCCACAUCAUUAAAUUUAUCGAAUAACUUUAUUGUAUAUUCUUUGCUCAAAUGUAAGAUCAUGUUUAUUACGUUACAAUAUAUUAACGAGAAUAU